AUGGAGGUAUCUGCCAUUUACGCGAUUGCUGCGGGCGGCAUAUUUCUGGCCCUGUUUCUGAUACAAAUCCGCUGUGUCCUAGUUGACUGGACAGGAUCAUUUUUUGUUUUACUUUCCAGACAUCUGACCCUCCCUGUCCUUGUUCGUAGGCAUCGGAUCCUUGGACCAUGGACCCGAGCUGGUAUCCUCGUUCAUGUCUCUUACAUCGCCGUCAACAUCGCUCUGGUCUUUUUGCGUACCGAAUCGCUGGUAGACUCGGGCCGCCGGGCAGGCGAGCUGGCCCUCAUCAACAUGAUCUUUCCUCUAUCAACCGCCCACCUUGGUUUCCUGGCCGGACUGCUUGGAAUCACCUGGCGUACUUGCCAUGGCCAGCAGCUUGAAGAGGUGAACGAAAAGCUGCGGGCCGGAAAUAUUCAGCUGUGCGAGGAGGGAAAUCACUUGAAACUUCGCCAAGAUGAGCAGGUAGCUCGCUUGCAUACCAUUGACAAUGCAUUGGAUGAAGUUCGGGGAAACUUUAUUGGUGUUCUCAAAGUUUGGAAUGAUCAAUCGGCCGGUGACUCGGCCAUUUUGCCAAGAGAUGGGUUUCCCAAACGUUAG